UUGGCGCCAGCGUUUUCGCGGGGAGAGAAACACAUUGGAACUCUGAGAAGAGUGUUGACUCUGAAAAAUAUUUUAUUUUCUUGCGGGCAUUUAAUGCGGGCGAUGUAUAAUCGUUCAUGAUAUCUUCAUCAUCUUCUGCUGCUGCUGCUUUGUGUGGUACAUCAAGAUUAUUGAGGGGGUAAGGAUGAUGGCGACGGUGCACCCCACCACCUCCAGCCUCGUCCCGCUCCUGGAGUCCCUGGAAGACCCCGCCGUGGGACAGGUGGAGCAGACCGAUGCCUACCUGACCAUCGCAAGCCGUCUGAGCGGAGAGGAGGGGAAGCACUUCCUCCCUGCAGUCGCUAAGCACUUUUCACGCCUUGGGAAGGUUUUCCAGGCUCACAUCGCCAGCCCGAACGUGGAGCUGUGCCAGGCCGCGCUACAGGCCUUGGGGUUCUGCGUGUUCCACGGCGCCAUCGUCUCCGGAAUCCCAGCCAACUUCAUGGAGGAGAUCCUGACAGCUCUCAACAGCAUCGUUGUGAAAUCCACGGACAAGAACACGUGCACCCGCGCCCUGUGGGUCAUCUCCAAACAGAACUUCCCCUCUGACGUGGUGUCCCGGAAGGUACCAGACAUCCUGAAAACCCUGGAGGCCGUGCGGUCGCGAGAGGACCUCCAGUCAGUCAUCAUGGAACACGAGGCGUUGAACGUGGUGAUAAGGCUGUUGGAGCAGACCCCCAGUCCGAUGGGGGAGGGGGCGGUGCAGUGGGCCAAGCUGGUGAUCCCCCUGGUGGUCCACUCGGCCUCGAAGGUCCGCCUCCGGGCAGCGGCCGCCCUGGAGAUGGGGAUGCCCCUCCUCCUCCAGAAGCAACAGGAAGUGGCGGCCGUCAUCGAGCCCCUCAUGUCCUCUAAACUCAUCCCUGAGCUCCAGAAGCUCUUCUCCACCAAGAACGAGAGCAACGUGCUGAAGCUCUGGCCGCUGUUCGUACGGCUCCUGGGCAAGGUCCUCCACAGAGGAGGUCCCUUCAUCAACUCCCUGCUGCACCUGGAGGAGCUGGGCUUCCGCAGCUCCUCGCCCAUCAUCAAGAAGAUCGCCUUCAUCGCCUGGAAGAGCCUCAUCGACAACUUCGCCCUCAACCCAGAGAUCCUGUGCAGUGCGAAGCGCCUGAAGCUGCUCAUGCAGCCGCUGAGCUCCAUCCAGGUGCGGACGGAGGCGCUGCUCCUCACCAAGCUGGAGGUGUGGUGGUACCUGGUGGUCAAGCUGGGGCCCAGCCUGGCUGUUAACUUUGAACAGGUGGCGGUGCCUCUGCUCCAGAUCGCCGUGUCCACAGAGUCUCCGCUCCUGUCUGUGAGCACGUCCUCGCGCAACUGCAGCCAGAACACCAGCCUGGCCACGCCCAAAUCAGGCAGCCACCCCUUCAGCAGCCCGGCCUCCACGCCGCGCCUGGGCCUGAACAGCAGCUCCAGCGCGCAGCCGGCCUACUCCUCCAUACAGCUGCUCGGGCUGGAGAUGCUGCUGCACUACUUCCUGGGGUCAGAGGUCACCGCCGCCGCCGCCAAGAGCAAGCUGCAGCUGAACCUGGAGCCCCUGACGCACCCGCUGCUCACAGGCCCCUCCUCCUUCACCAAGCACGCCGCCGUCCUCAUCUCUGCCGUGCGUGACAGCUUCAUCGGCAUCGGAAAGGACGCUCCAGAGGCCUUGCUCACCCUCAUCUGGAAGAGCCUCAUUGGUUUUGUAACCGCGGCGAUGGAGACUGCAGGCAGUAAGAAGGACAGACCUGGCUCUGAGGUCCUCACCCUGCUGUUGCAGGCCCUGGAGUCAAUCGUCACGUCAGAAGCCCUGCCGGCCCAGCGCACUCUGGGUCUGCUGGAGGCCACAGUGAAGGGGAUCCCCCACAAGGUCCUGGGCUCUGCGGCGUACCAGGUGGCCAACAUGGACGUUUUAAAUGGCACGCCGGCCCUGUUCCUCAUCCCGCUGUUCCACCACAGCGGCGUGCUGCCCUGCUUCGUCACGGACGAGCGGUUCUUCCUUUGCCUGGAGACCCUGAUUGGCUGCGGCCUCUCGGGCCCCGCCUCCCCCCUGGCCUUCUGCGAAUCGGUGCUGGGGGUGAUGAGCCGCAACGCGGAGGCCAUCGAGAACGGGGAGCACCUGUGGAGGAUGUGGAGCAUCGUGGUGAACCCCCUGACCGACACCAUCACCCAGACCAACGAGGUGAACCAAGGCGACGCCCUGGAGCACAAUUACACGGCCCUCCUCCGCGCCCUGAUGUUCCCUGUCACGCACCUGCUCAUCGGCCACGCCCUGUCCCAGAUGACGCAGAAGUCCCUGCUGUCCACGUGGUCCCGGCUGUACAGGGCUUUCGCCCGCUGCUCCGCCCUGGUGGCCACCGCCGAGGAGAACGUGUGCUGCGAGGAGCUGUGUGCCAAAAUGGCCGCCGUCCUGGACUCCAAGGUCCUCUCUAAUCCCUCGACCCUGGAGGCCGUGGCCAGCCUUCUCCUCGUCGUUAUCGAGUGUGUGGACUUCACUCCGUACACCCCCCACUAUCAGAAGACCAAAUCGCCCCACACGCCCCUGGGCUGGGUACGGAAGAAGAACAAGGCCCUGGGGAACCUGAGCACCUUCCAGGCCCUGCUGGUGCUGGCGCUGGAGAGCUUCCUGUCGGCGCUGGAGUCCUUCCUGUCGCGGGACGCGCCCGAAACGGCGGCGGAGGGCAGCGCUGGCGUGCCCACCGGCGGGACGGGCACGGUCCUCCUCGCCAUUCUGUCGGCUCUCUUCGGCAACCUGGCGCUGGGCACCGCCGUCCUGGGGGCACUCUCCGCCCUGUCUGCACCCCUCGCCCGCCUCUACGAACACGCCGGGAGACCUCAGAAUGAACAGCCGAAGUUCUUCUCCGGUCUUGGACCAAAGCUGGAAAAGCUGCUGGGCGAGAUUCUGGGCUGCCUGCAGACGCGCUCCUCUCUGGUGUUCGAUGACGAGCUGCUGGCCCUCCUGGCGCCCCUGCUGCGCGUGCUCUUCCCGCAUCGCAGCAAGCCGCUGCGCAACCUCGCCACCCAGUUCUGGAACGCCACUUUCGCCCACGCCCCCACCCUCACCUACCCCGAAGACCUCAAGCCAGUUCUGAGCCAGGUGAAGCAGAAGAUGCCCAUCAUCUUGCCUGGCUUUCAAGCUGUUGAUGUGCCUGAAGAGUUCAGUGGACAGUACUCUGGGGAGUCCUCCCAGAUGGAGACCCAAAUCAGCGGGGUGAAGAUCGCGUCGGUGGGGAAGAGGGACUCUCUGCUCUCCAGGGCCGAGGAGCUGAGGGAAAAGGGUUCCAGUGGCCCGUCCAAGCCCAUCGCUGUGAAGCUGGAUUUCGGGUCUCCCAAAGUCCCUCGUCGUGAGCUGCUGGAGGAGGAGGCUUCGAUGGAUUUUGUCUUCAUACCCCCUGAAACCAAGGAGAGAGUGCUGACAGAGCAUCAGAAGGAGGUCAAGAGAACCAAGAGGGUUGAUAUUCCCGCAAUGUAUAAUAACCUUGAUGCAUCUCUGGACACAACGGCCUUUACCCAGUACACACAGAGCCAAGAAGAGUCUAUGGAUAAACUACCAGCCAGUGAUGAGCCUGCAGGACCAGAGGCUGAUGGCCAGGCUCAGGUUCAAGAUGAAAAAAUGGAAACUGAAGAAGCCCCUGAGCCGGAUAUGGGACCGAACCAGGAGGACAUGGAUGUGGGUCCCGUGGCGGACUCGACGGGAGACGAGGCUGACAAAGAGGAAACACCUGCUCCUCCCAAAGAGGUGGAGCCUAAAUCUGAAGACGGGCCCCCUGAGCGGGAUGAUCGCGGGGCCGAGGAGACGACGACCGAGGAGACCGGCGAGAGCGGCGGCGACGACUGCGACGUUUCGGCCUCCUCGGACGUGGUGUCCGGCACGCCGCCCAAACCCAACAGCCGGCGGCAGUCCUUCAUUACCCUCGAGAAGUACAUGGAGGGCAAGCCGGCCAGCCCCGUCAGAGUGACGAAAUUCACAGGCCCCCACAGCCGGGCCUCCGGCAACCAGGACGCCUCGAACUCCCAGCAGAACGACGUGGCUUCUGAGGUCCCCGCUGAGGCUUCGACCGGCGUGGAGGCCGUUGAGGUCGCGCGGGAACCCGGUCGGCACGGGGACGCCAGCGAGCGGCAGGUGUCCUCUCGGGUGGAGGCGGAAAAGGAGGAGCAGCCCCACCCUCAGGUAGAAGAAGCGGAGAAACGUCGUCGCAGUGAGGGCACAGAAGAUGAGGACGACAUCAUUCCUGAUACUCAGGCUGGAGCGGGCUCCGCGGAGGCUGGGAAACGGGAGACCGCGGCCUCUGCAGAGGACGCCGUACCGAUGAAGGAUGAGGACUCCUGUGCGGACUCGACGUACGACAGUUGCGAAGACGGUUAUCUGAAUGAUUCCCAGUGCUCGGAGGUCUCUGCCAGCCCGUCAGAAAUCAGACGGUCUAGUCGACGCAGGAGUAGACCUCUGCGUCCAGGUGAGGACAGGGAAGAGGUGGAGGGAAGGUACAAGCGAAUGCGCAAAGGUGUUCCUGCAAAAGGGAUGAGCCAAAGCGAUCCACAGAGGCCCGACCCUUCCCCUGCCGGUCAGAUUGAAGGCCAAUCACAGGCCCAACCAGGUGAAGGUGACCUCAAAGAGAGGCUUAGGAAGACCAGAGCUAGUUCACAGACUGCCUCCCCACCAUCGGCUCAAAAUGAUAGCCAGUCACUGGGCAGAGUAACCAGAAGAAAAUCAGCUGGUCCCGCAGAAGAGCAAGUGAGCAAAACUAAAUCUGAGACUGCUUUAUCCAAACCCGUCAGUCAAACGGAUAGCCAGUCACAGGGACGAUCCAGUAGGAGGAGCAAGGUGGGUGGCUCUGCAGAAGAGAUGAGCCAAACGGAUUCACCAAUGACCUUAUCUAAACCUGUCAGUCAAACAUAUAGCCAAUCGCAGGAAAGGCCCAGUAAGAGGACCAAGUUAGCAGACCCUGCGGAAGAGAUGAGCCAAACUGAUACGCAAACAAGCUUAUCCACACCUGUCAGUCAAACAGAUAGCCAAUCACGGGGCAGACCAGGUAGGAGGAGCAAGGCAUCUGGUCCUGCAGAAGAGAUGAGUCAAACUGAUACACAAACAAGCUUAACUACACCUUCCAGUCAAACAGAUAGCCAAUCGCAGGGCAGAUCAGGUAGGAGGAGCAAAGUGUCUGGCCUUUCUGAAGAAAUGAGCCAAACUGAUACGCUGAUGACCUUAUCCACACCUGUCAGUCAAACAGAUGGCCAAUCGCAGGGCAGACCAAGUAGGAGGAGCAAAGUAUCUGGCCCACCAGAGGAGAUGAGCCAAAACGAUACACAAGCAAGAUUAACUACACCUGUCAGUCAAACAGAUGGCCAAUCACGGGGCAGACCAGGUAGGAGGAGCAAGUCUUCUGGCCCUCCAGGGGAGAUGAGCCAAACUGAUACACAGGCAAGCUUAUCCACACCUGUCAGUCAAACAGAUGGCCAAUCACGGGGCAGACCAGGUAGGAGGAGCAAGCCAUCUGACCUUUCAGAGGAGAUGAGCCAAACUGAUACGCAGGCAAGCUUAUCUACACCUGUCAGUCAAACAGAUGGCCAAUCACGGGGCAGACCAGGUAGGAGGAGCAAAGUAUCUCGCCCUUCAGAGGAGAUGAGCCAAACCGAUACACAAACAAGCUUAACCACACCUGUCAGUCAAACAGAUAGCCAAUCACGGGGCAGACCAGGUAGGAGGAGCAAGGCAUCUGACCCUUCAGCAGAGAUGAGCCAAACUGAUGCUCAGACAGGUUUAUCAACACCUCUUGGUCAAAAUAAUAGUCAAUUGCAGAGCAGAUCAACUAGGAACAGCAAGGCAACUGAUCCUACAGUGGAGGUUAGCCAAACCGACUUUCACCCUGCCUUAUCCACGCCUGUAAGUCAAACUGAUAGCCAAUCACAGGGCAGACCGAGUAGGAGGAGCAAAGUAGCUGGUCCUCCAGGGGAGAUGAGCCAAACUGAUACACAGGCAAGCUUAUCCACACCUGUCAGUCAAACAGAUAGCCAAUCACGGGGCAAACAAAGUAAGAGGAGUAAGACUGCGGCAGAGCUGAAUGUCGGCUCUAGUCAGUGUUCCGCAUCUGCGAUGGAGUCUGAACACUCACAGUUAACAGAUAAAGGUGAAGGGACACAGGAGUCCUCGCAAGAUUUGGGUCAGUCCAAGACGAGAGGGUCCUCCCAGGGCUUGCUGUCUGGUAUUGAAAACUCUGAGUUGAAUCUCUCAGAGACUCAGAGCGAUGAUAGCCAGAAAUCCUCCAAAAGAGGCAGGAGAAGCAAGCUGUUGAACUCCAAGGCUGUGCCUCCAAGUCCACCGAAUGCCCAACAAGUGCCCGAAGGUUCCAAGGAAAUGGGUGCAAUUGAGUCCACUUCUGAAGUUGAAAUGGAAGCCUGCGAACUCGGUCAAAAGUCUGAAUCCAAGUCUGUCCCAGUUAACACAGAUGCUGAGGCUGUAGAGCCUUCUGAGGAAAAGGAAAACGAAAAUGUGACGGAGAUUAUGGUUCCUGACGGUACCGCCAACGUCAUUGUGGAAUCGAGGGCUGAACUGAAGACCGCGUCGGAGGCGUUUGCAAAUGUGACUUCAGAAAUGCAGGAGGAGAUCUCGGAGCCUUCUGCGGAACCUUCCACGGAAACCCGAGGCCUUGCCGUCGACAGCCAGGAAGUGCAAACCAAGCGGGGCCAUCGUCGCUCGCGCUCCAACUCCGAGGCGGCCGACGUGGAAGGCGCUCUGUCUCAGGAUUGCGACGUCUCCAGCUCACAGGGCUCCACUGGCUCUCCAGACCCGGGAGAAAUCGCGGUCCCGCCGGCUCCCGGCGAGCCGCUCUCUGACUCCAAAGCGGCUUGUCCUCCUCAGCCAGAGGAGGACGCAUCGUUGCCGCAGCAACAGGAGGACGCCGCCACCGCCGAAGCGAACGACGACGUGUUCCUGGAGGCGAACGCGACGAGCACCCCGAAGCUCUCCGAAUGCCUUCCGGCUGCUUCCGCGAGCGACGCCGAGGAGACUGCGUGGAGCACGACCGCGGAGGAAAAAUGGAGGACGUGCGAUUCUGAAACCCCGUCUGGUGUUCAGCUUUCAGACCCGGCGGAGGUCACGGAGGACGGUCAGCAGCAGGACGCCGACGUGCCUCAGGUCACGGACGGGACCGAGAGCGCAGUGGAUCCCGCCAAGGAGCAGGUAGACGAGGAGAACUCUACAAUGCAGGAGCAAGACAUAAACCAACAGGAAGCCUUUGUUUCUGCCCAAGAGCAAAAUGCCCCAAAAGAGGUGGUACUAGAGGAGGCGGAGGAGGACAGAGUUCCCCAGAUGGACAGUGACGUGCCUAUUGCUGCCGCUGCUGCUGAUACCGCUGCUUUCCCGGCCUUGCCCGAGGAACCUGCAGCCCCACAGCAGGUGACAGCAGAGCCCUUGUGCCUGGACUCUCCGCUCAAACAGAAGCUUCUGGACUCCGUGGCGGGAGAGUUGGGCCAGAGCCCCAGCAGUGGGAAGAGUAAGGGUGUCUGGUCCCCCUCGGCGUCUCCUUCCACCAGCAUCCUCAAGAAGGGGCAGAAGAGGCCUCUGGAGGUCGAGUCACCUUCCCCCUUGCAGAAGUCUCGGCGAGUGUCCUUCGCCGACCCGAUUCACCACCAGGAGUUGGCCGACGACAUCGACCGGCGCAGCCCAGUCAUCCGACAGUCCGGCGGCAGCUCGCCCAGAUCCAAAAACAUGGCCGCCGUCUCAUCGCAGCAGAAGUUUGUCACCACUCCAACCAAGGGCCUGUUCACCCUGAGUCCACGCAACUUGCGAAGCCCAGGAUUCAAGAGCUCCAAGAAAUGUUUGAUCUCUGAGAUGAGCCAGGAGCCCAAGCCCAUUCCCCGGGACUGCGUGUACCCGGCCCUGGUCAGCUGCUCUGCCCCUGUGGAGGCCGUCCUGCCCCAGAUAUCCUCCAACAUGUGGCCUCGUGGAUUUGGCCAGCUGGUGAGAGCCAGGAACAUCAGGACCGUGGGGGACCUGAGCGCCCUCACCCCCACCGAAAUAAAGACCCUCCCCAUCCGCUCCCCGAAACUGUCCAACGUGAAGAAAGCACUGAAAAACUAUCACGAGCAGCAGCGGAAGGGUCGAAACGACGAGUUGAAGGGAUUCGAUGAGAUGGAGAAGAUGACGUCCGAACCAGAGGAGAUGGAGAUGGCCCAUCAGCAGGAGGAGGGCAAGCCCCCAGGGGAGCAGGUCACAGACGCGGAGUCGGCGGACGUCCCGGCCCCUCCCCCCGCGGAGCAGACGUCCGUGGAGCUGCCGUCCGCGGUGGAGGCGUUGGGUGCGCGGCUCACGCCGGGGGAGCUGGGCCGGUGCUCGCCGGGCCAGCUGGUUCUGAUGCACGAGCAGCUCGGGGGGAUGAUGAGAGCCAUCGUCGCCCAGCUGCAGGCCCGCCUGGCUCCCAGCGCGGGAGAGAGCCUGCCUUGACUGCGGUUCGGAUCUCCCCAACGACGGCUUGGAUCUCCUCGACGACGGCUUGGAUCUUCUCAACGACGCAGAUCUCUUCGCAGAUCUCCCCAACGACUCCCUGUGUCUUAACCAGAUCGGACUGGGUUCACUCUUACAACCCCCCCCCCCGCCCCCGCACAUACCUCCUUCCUGGAGAUUUUUUAGUUUAGAUUUUAAUCUGUUUUUUUUUUUUUUCCCUUUUUCUUUUUACAUUUUUAACUAUGUAAAUUUCACUACAUUAACAUUCAAACAGGUGAUUCUCGCUGCUUGUCUGAAGCCAGUGGCGGAGUUAUCGGCGUUGCUAUGCCAACAGUGAGAUCAUAGGUCAACGUGUCGCCCUGAAUGGUAGCACUCUGGACAUGCCAUGGUUGGGCAUAACCUUUUAAACAUGCUAGUCGACGGAUCAGACGGCACUUUUUUUAUUGUAUAUGUUGAAAUAAAAGAGUGAAAAGGUUUUUGCAAAAAAAGACAA